GGCGAAAUCUGCAGCUGCCACUGUUUGGGUCCUCCGAGAUUUACAUGGAGUGGUUGAGCUACAGAGGUUAGCUUGGAUUGUAAACUUAGUUGAAUGUAAAUUAAAUGAGCUCCAGUUUGGAUUAGUGUGAAUUAUCGAAGGGAAGUGAAAAGCUAGGUCUUCAGCAGCCAUGACUGUUGUAAUUGGGUUUGAAGGCAGUGCCAAUAAGAUUGGUAUCGGCAUCAUCAGAGAUGGUGAAGUGCUUUCCAACCCUAGACGGACCUACAUUACUCCACCUGGUCAAGGGUUCAUGCCGAGUGACACAGCGAGACACCACCGUGCUGUCAUACUGACUGUCCUGAAGGAGGCGCUGGAGCAAGCAGGUCUGAAACCUGCAGACAUCGACUGUGUGGCGUACACCAAAGGUCCAGGUAUGGGAGCUCCCCUGGUAACAGUGGCUCUGGUGGCUCGUACAGUCGCACAGCUUUGGGGGAAGCCGCUCCUCGGUGUCAAUCACUGUAUCGGACACAUAGAAAUGGGCCGACUCAUCACCAAAGCCAACAACCCCACGGUGCUUUACGUCAGCGGAGGCAACACACAGGUUAUUGCGUACUCAGAGCGGCGGUACAGAAUAUUUGGGGAGACCAUUGACAUUGCAGUUGGAAACUGUUUAGACAGGUUCGCCAGAGUCAUUAAGAUCUCCAAUGAUCCCAGUCCAGGCUACAACAUAGAGCAGAUGGCCAAAAAAGGGAGUCAGUAUGUAGAGCUGCCAUAUACAGUGAAAGGAAUGGAUGUGUCAUUUUCUGGGAUUUUGUCAUAUAUUGAGGAAGCUGCUAAUAAAAUGCUGAGUUCUGGUCAGUGUACAGCAGAAGACCUGUGUUUCUCUCUUCAGGAGACGGUGUUCUCCAUGCUGGUGGAGAUCACAGAGCGGGCCAUGGCUCACUGUGGCUCCCAGGAAGUCCUCAUCGUUGGGGGAGUUGGCUGUAACCUUCGUCUGCAGGAGAUGAUGGGGGUGAUGUGCCAGGAGAGAGGAGCCAAGCUGUUUGCCACAGAUGAAAGAUUCUGCAUAGACAACGGAGCAAUGAUCGCUCAGGCCGGCUGGGAGAUGUUUCGCUCCGGUCAGGUGACGGAGCUGGAAGAUUCAUGGAUCACACAAAGGUACAGAACAGAUGAGGUGGAGGUGACGUGGAGAGACUGACUGCACUGAAUGACAUCAUCCUUCCAAGUAUCCUGUUGCAGCAGGUCUGUUCUGACAUGUCACAUGUAGUACAUCUGACCUCUACAGGGACAACUAAACUGUGUUGCAUUUGAUGUGAGUAUUCUGCUCUGUCAAAUGAUGCAUUUUUCUUAAAGGGUCUUUUAUAGUUUACUCAUGUUCAAACAGUAAGUCUGGUGAUGUUCUAUAUUUUCAUUGUCAGCAAAUAGACCUUUUUCACAGCAGGGAAACCACAGUUGGAAUUAGAGAUGGCCCAGUUCCAGUAAGUGUUCCAGUAAGUCGUGAAUGUACCAAAGCAGGAACUCUGAAUAGGUGGAAUGCAGCCAUCUUUAAUGUAGAUCCCUGCUGUCUGCUGUGAAAAAGGUACACUACAAAAAGACCAAAACCAAUAUCAGCCAUGUUUAAAUCAUGUGUUUUUAUGUGCAUUUUGAAGUACUGCAGUACAAAAAGUUAAUACAAACAACAAACUCUGAAAAAAAAGACACAAAAAAACAGAACAACAUAAAAACAAACAAGUUUUUACACUCACUUGAGGUGGUUUUUGACUUAUUCACAAAGAGUUAAUGACCUAACGGGCGAUGGAAACGAUUCAUGACCAAUUAGCUGUUUCUGCAUCUUCUAUUGUCUUCAUGUCUAGACAGGAUGAACAAUUACAACUUGCGUGACUGAAAUAUCCUUAAGACUCCUCUGAAUUGUUUUUCUUGUAGAAGCUUUGUUUGUUUCUUCUCCAUGGUGCUUUAGCAGUUGGCAUAGAACUGGUUUUCUUUCAGUUUUUUCUACUGUCUAUAACAGCUGAUGUGUAAUGUAGUCCAAAAAGUCCAAAUUUUACCUCCUGUUGACACUAUACAGACCGUUUUCUUAACAAGCCUAAUUCAAACCGUUUUAUUUUUUAUACCUUUUCAAAAGUUCACUUCAAAUUCAUUUGACUUACACUACCGUUCAAAAGUUUGGGGUCAUUACUGAGGACCAUUUCCAGCAGCCACCACUCCUGUGUUCUAAUGCUACAUUGUGUUAGCUAAUGGUGUUGAAAGGCUAAUUGAUGAUUAGAAAACCCUUGUGCAAUUAUGUUAGCACAUGAAUAAAAGUGAAUUUUCAUGGAAAACAUGAAAUUGUCUGGGUGACCCCAAACUUUUUAACAGUAGUGUAUAUUAGAAACAUGCAGCAUCCAGCAUUAUUCUCAACUACGAAGAGGUGACAAAUUGAAUGUAAAACCUGAAAUGCUAACAAGAGACAUUUCUGUCCUGAUGGGAGUGGUCUCUUCCAGGACCCGUAGGGCACAAGGGAUCACUGAAUGGCUAGAUGUGAAUCAAAUUGACGAGAAUAAUAUGCAAUGACCUUCAUAGUCAUUAGAUCUUGACCCAGUUGAACACCAAUGGAAGAUUUUGGUCCACAAGUAAGACUCUCCACUUCUAACAUCAAAACACCAAAGAAUUCUUGAAAAAUAAAUCCUUUAAAAUAAUUGUGUUCAUCCUCUCAGUAGAGUUCAGAGGUAAGAAAGAGUUGUUAAGUUCUUCUGGUAGCAUGUGGUGGCCCAACAGCUUACUAAGAUACUUCAUAUUGGUUUUUUCCUUUGUCACCUCUUUGUACUUCCGAAUGGUCAGUUUUACAUUUUUAAAACAACUUUGCACUCAUACAACACAGCUGCUGAAUAGAUCCUUCUACCUGACAUUAUUUGUAGCCAAACCCUGAUGUAUCUGGUUCCACCGCCGUCCAAAACCUGUUAAAACCACAUUGAAGACACACUGUUGCGACACGCUUCUCCGUUAACAUGAAUACACAUUUAUUCACACAUAAUCCAUCCUACUGCCAUAAAUACUCCAACUCAAUGUGUGUUAAUCUGCAGCUGAAAUUAGCUAUGUAUGUUUUAGAAGAUUAACGUCUUCAGUAGGAAGCUCUGUUGGGAGAUAAACUAAUGCAUGGGCUGGUUUUGGUCUUUCAAUGGGAUUUGUUGAUUCUAAAAAUAUAGAAGAUCGCCCACCUAAUCCGUUAAAGCGUCUUCACUCUUUGGUGGCUGUGUGUUUUUUGAAGAAAACAUUAAUGCAUUUUUAAAAGUAACAUCAGUUUUCCCUUGAUGGACCACUGCAGCUAAGGAGUCUGUUUUGUUUUUCAGUACACCAGCGUUGCCUGUUAGUGUCUGCUCACAGCGGAAACCGUGUUGCGUGAAAAGGUCAGAUUUAGUCAAAUUAUAAGGCUGAGAUAUUUUCCAUUUUCCAAACCUACACUCCUUAAAAUUCUGAUGGCUGACAUUUUAAAUGAGCUUCUAAAGAUGAACCAAUGUAGAGUUUAAUUACUGAUAGUUGGGUUUUGGCUGAUGCAAUUACUGAGCAAAAAAUGCAAAGAGGAUCUCACAAAAAAAAGUAUUUGUACUUCUUCAGAAUGUCUCUGGGCUUAGAGUUGUUUUGGAAUACAGUUUCAUAUUGUUUAACAUAUCUAUUGGCUAAAAUUCUAUUAUUGGUCCGUAGCAAAUGUUUAUUGGCCUCACUGGUUGCACAUUUGCGGUGCAUCUCUGUGAAAUCUUCAGUGUUGCUUUUUGGGUGUAUAAUUUGGGGUUACAGAUUUAUCACAGUUUCGUCCCUUUAUUUGUACAGUUACAACAUGAGAACAUUUGUGAAGCAGCAGUUAACUGAUCGUGUUCAAAUAAAGAGAACAAACAUAGA